AAGGAACGGUCACCUGUGAGGUCAGACGACACUUCAGUGACAAAAUAAGACGUGCUGGAAUGUUCGGGAAUCGGGCGUUAUGAUUGGCUGACGUAAUGAUGCACAACGGCCAAUCAAAGAAAGAUCCAAUUAAUUGAAUGUACUAGACAGGAAAUGUAAAAGGGGAUGCCACUAUGGUAUCAUUCUGUCUUUGCACUGCCACUGGAGAUCAUUUGGAUAAAAAAGGCCAGGCAAAUGUUUUGCAGAGGAUAAUGAGUUUGCUGCCAGUAAUAGGGAGAUAUCUCUGCAGACAGAGCUUGCCUGUGUGCACUUCACUCAGCUCAGCACAUUACAUCCAUCAGGAGCAGGCAGGAUGCAGGGAGAGGUCUGGAUCUUUGAAGAGGCACAGUGCACAGCCUUGAACAGGGGGAACCCUCGAGCUCGCCUCGACAAUGAGCAAUGAGUUACCUGGAUGGAAAUACCGAACAGAAAACACGACCGACGUUCCUAAGGACCCCGGGAAGCAGGACGGCUAUGUCUUGUUGCUCGUCCUGCUGUCCGUCUUCAUCGGGGGGAUGGUGGUCCUGCUGUCAGGCCUGCUGAUUAUCUGCCGUCACUGGUGUGUGGGGGGCCGCAGGUACUCCAGGGCCAGUGAUGAUCCUGAGAAAACCAACACCACCUACCUGGAGGACUCCCAGCCAGCACAGGAUAUCACCAUCAAAGUGGACGAGUCCGACUGCCUGUCCACCUCCAGUUACCAUGACAUCGAGACUGACCGCUUCCUGUCCACGUGUUCCACGGGCCGCCGCGUGUCCUUCAAUGAGGCGGCACUCUUCUACCACAGCAAGAAGACGCAGGAGAAGGGGCGCAGGUACACCCUGACCGAGGGCGAUUUCCACCACCUGAAGAACGCGCGGCUGAUCCACCUCAACAUCCCUCCUCCCUCGCUCAAGAUCGUCACCAUCCACGAGUCCAGCGAGAACAACAUCGCCAUGGCGACGCGGCCAGCUUCCAAAUCCAGCCUUUCCAUAUUCCAGCCCCCGAUGUGUGCUCUGCCCCAGACGGCUCUGACCAGCCUCUCUCUCAGCUCCAGCUCGGCGCUGCCUGGCGACACCUUCAACUCCACUGUGGACACCAGCUUCAUGGAAAGCGUCCCAGCGCCCCUGAGCGAGCAGACAGCAGGCAGCACGAUGGAGGUUUUCCGAGGCAGCGCUCGGAAUGGUGGCAGUCCGGUGAGCUCUGUGGAUGGGUCAGCAGCAGUGGAGGGGGCUGGCACUGCGGGCUCCGCGCUCCCCUCCUCUUCCUCAGCAGGCAUCGCUGGUGGGCAGGGCACCGUGCUGCAGUUCUUUACCAAGCUGCGCCGCCACGCCAGUCUGGAGAGCGCCAGCCCCUACUUCAAGAUCAAGAAGUGGAAGUUCGACGGCAACCAGAGAGCUUCCAGCCUCGACACCAGAGGAUCUCCAAGGAGACGUCAGUUCCAGCGGCAGAGGGCCGCGAGCGAGAGCAUGGACCAGCAGGACCGGGACGCGCACCACAUCGAGGUCAUCCAGUACAUCGCCCGCACCGACGACGUGGCAUUCUGCCCCACCCCAGCCUCCACCUUCCUGCCACCCCCCUCCACUCCACCACCCUCCCUCGGCAGGUUAGAGGCAGCGGAGGUGGAGGUGGAGGUGGAGGUGGAGGUGGCGGCAGGCAGCAGUGGUGGAGUCACGCUGCCCCCGGAGGAAGGCGAGAGUAGCUGUGGGCAGGAGAGCUCGGAGCAUCACACCCUCUACAGGGAUAUCUGGAACCUGCGGGCCUCGCUGGAACAGUACGCCUCGUCAGACCAGAGCAGCAACGACAAGGACUCUGUGCGCAGUGAAACGGAGAGCGUGUGCUCGCUGGGAGGGGGGGAGAGGGGCCCGGGGUUGCUGCCCAGCUACCCGUCUCAAGACAUCGGAGACGAUCUGGAGGGGGAAGCCGAGCAGCCAGGCGGGGGGUCGUUCGGAAAAGAGGGGGCCGCCACAGGCGGGGCCAAGCAGGGCAGCGUGGACUCGGAGCGGAGCAGCGACGGGGAAUCAGGGAACCGCAAGCUCCUGCAGAUGGACAGCGGCUACGCCUCCAUCGAGGCCCCCUCCCGCGCCCCGGAGGAACUGCGGCUCUUUGGGGCGGCCGGGGGCACCAGGGAGAAAACGGCAUCCGAAAAGAGGCGCUUCUUCACCAGCUCUGGCCGCAAGGGCACCGUGUGCGAGAGCUUCGACGAGGAGCUGGAAGGGGCUAGCCUAGAAGUGGAAAGCCCGGUAGGGUGGUCUCCAUACGGGCAGGUGUUCCAGGAGCACCCCCCUCACCACCUGGUCCUCCGCCGGCGGGACUACAGCAUCGACGAGAAGACCGACGCCCUCUUCCACGAAUUCCUGCGCCACGACCCCCAGUUCGACCACCCCGAGUCCCCUCUGCGUUUGAAGCACCGCUCUCGGGUACACCUGCGCAAGCAGUGGCAGCGGACCAAGCAGUACAGCGACCCUGGGGUGCGCUUCCCCCCCUCCUUCGAGAGGCACCGCACCCCCCUACGGAGGGGAGACAGCGUCAACUACCCGCUGGACACCCGCUACCACAGCACCCUGCCGCGGAUAGUCAGCGCGGCCGAUGAGGAGUCCAGCGACGGGGCAGCCAGCGGGGUGGCGCCGGAGGAGAAAACCAACCCCAGCGGCAGCAGCAGUCGGACAAUCAAGGAAGAGGAAGAGACCCUUCUUCUCAGUCCUCCUCUAUCUCCUGGUGUGAUAUCGGAGCACCCUGAGCUUCCCAAAGCCUCGAACCAGGCUCCCGUCAGCGCUGGAAACGGAGGCAGUGGGGGCAGUCACUUUCACAGCCCCUUUUCAGAGCCCCCCCAGGAGGAUCGUCCUCCUCCGCCACUGCAGCCCCCCGGCAUGGGCUACGGGCCCCAGACCAUCUCGGCCGAGCUGACGGACAAACUGACCGCGAGCCUGGAUGACCGGCUCUACACCAGCCUCCGACGGGCCAAAGAGAGUCCCGAGUGUGUGGUGACCAUCACCCACGCCUCUCCUGACCACAGCCCAGUGUAGCGUGCUUCCCUCCUGCUUCCUGUUUGUUUUAUUUAUUUGUUUGUUUGUUUGUUUGGGAGGGUUUAGUUUAUGGAGACAAAACAAAUUCAGACAACCAUUGUGGCUAAAAAGCCCUUCCUCCUUAAAGAAUACCAAACAGGGUUUGAGUGAUACUGAAAAGAAACUAGACUACAUUAGACAGAAAGUUCUUUUUAGCGUUCCUGGGAACACUGGUAAUAAUUAACUAUUUGGCAGAAUGUUAAAAAGAGAUUUUUCUUAAUUUCUCUUAAAGGGAAAGCCAAAUACGAUGUAUUGUUGGCCCAUCUCUGGGGUCUAGGUUAAAGGGGUUUAGAAAACUAUAAAAGACAGGUGCACCGGUCUUAAAGGGGUCAUUACAAGGCGGAACAUGCGUGUUUUAAAUAGGGAAGGGGCAUGCUGGUUAUUAUGAGAUUAUGUUUUAAAUUAAACGUCUUCAUUUUUCUCUUGAUGCGUAUUCCUUUUUGUAUCGUGUACAUAAAUCUCCAGGGAAAUGAAGCUUAAAAAUGAAAAAGCUUAUAGAAAAAAAACAACCUGUUAAUCUUGUUUUGCUAAGAACAGCAGUUUUAAGUAACGGACGGUUUGUCUGGUAUGAAACCAUGUCUUAUUUCCAUGACAACAGCAGCUCUGUUGAACAUUCUGGUGCCAAAACAUAUCCCUGCUCCAUCCUCCGUCUCCCCUUCAAUGAAUUAUAUAUUUUUUACCUACCUGUACUGGUUAAAAUCGCGUUUACAAAAUGAACUUUGUCAGGAAUCCUCAAACUGCUCCAACACUGUCGCUACGUAACCCGCGCGGGCGAGCGUUCCUUUGUGAUCCUCUGACAUCGAUACAAAUGAACUGCUGCAGUUUUUGGUUCCGUCUUGUAGAUCUGGGACCAACGCUAAUCCACACACCGACCAAGCUGCCCUCGCCUCCACCCAGCCUGGCUCAUGAUUGUACACACCUUGAAUUGACAUUUGUUAUUUAUUUAGUUCUACUUCUUUGAAAUGUGUACAGUUUGUACAUUUGAUGCUCUUAUUUUAGUGUAAUAAUAAUCAUCAGCCACAACUGUUGUAAACCGGGUAUCUUUUGGAGAUGUGAUUCCAGUUGUAGUUGUUCGAUUGCAGUGUUUGUGGUUCUAUGGUAACAGUGAUGUUACAACCACAUCGCUGGCUCAGCCAAAAACUUUGCAACUACUGUAGCAAUGAGAGCAUGAGCAUUAAAACGGUUUAAUAUCAAUCAGGGGACAUGCUCCUCACUAGCGGGAUCAUCUGUUGAAUUUUGAUAGUUGGAUAGUCUUCCUCUGGGCCAGUGAUUUGCAUAGUAGACCAUCUUAAAGCACGUGCUGCACACACACACACACACACACACACACACACACACACACACACACACACACACACACACACACACACACACAAAAAACUUUCAAAGCCAUGCAGCAUCGGGCAACUGCUUUCUCAAAUCAACAGCGAUGUGAUGUUGUUGUUGCAUGAGGGUUAAAAGGUCUUUCAAGGCUGUAUGGAGCCCAUGUACCAUCAGGCAGCUUUCAGGCAAGCUGUCCAGCUGUCUUUCAGUUGCAGGAGUGAUACUGCAGCUUGGUGAAAAUCGUAUUUGAAAUGGCUCCUACAGUUCACGCAAACGUUGCAAAGAAGCAAUCCUCUUUCCAGCACACUCCGACAACUUCCGAUCCUUCUCUAGCACUACAACGGCUGUGUAAAAAAAAAAACAAAGGACCGCCCAGAGCAGUUAGGACAGCAGACCUUUUGAAACGCUUUCUUCCUCGCGUGGGUGGGAGUGGGCGUAGGGCUGUGAUAAAUGAGAGAAGGGGUCCCUCUUAACAUGAGCACAAGUUAGCAUGGUGAGUCAGUCAGUUGGUUAGCAUAGGAGCUAUGUAUGUGCAAUUACCAGUUAUUUUAACCCCUUCAGGUACACAACAAAUUGAGCGGUUGUUCAAAUGGUUUCUUCUUAAAAUACAUCUGAGAGCGACACGAGGAGGAAGCUGACACAUUGUAAACCCUGUUUAGUGCACCUCAUUGCAACAAUAGGAAGCUUAGCUUCCUUUUUAUUUGUGGGACACACAAGUGCCCCUUGUACCUUAAAGGGUUAAUAUGUUAGGUUGUUUUUUUACUUAUAUAAAAGUGUAAUAUUGCUAAGAUUGUAUUCUGAAUUGAAAGCAUUUCCUCUUAUUUUAAUGCUAUAUUCAAGAGGCUCAUAGUUUGUAUCUUUUAAAAAAUUCAAAUAAAAUAGCAUUGUACACUAAAGAGUAGCCAGUCAAGGCCAUUGUUAUGCAUAGUGCCUGCAUGUCUGAAAACGUUUUUAAAAUCAGAGAAUUCCUUCAAGACUGCAACUGUUGUUGAUGCAAAUUUCUUUUUUUAGACAAAGCGUAAACAGAAGAUAUUUUAGUAUUUUCUAAUUUAUUUAUUGGUCGGCUGAUGGAUUUCAUGUCAAAGUAUAUUUCCAUUUUUGAGAUCAUUUGUGUACCACUGCUUGUGAAGCUGAAUGCUUGUUUCCGGUGAAGUUUCAUUAAAUGAGCUGCACAUUC